AUGACCACCGCCCAUCGUCCCACCUUCGACCCCGCCCGCGGCAAAGACUCCCUUCGCGGUCCCGGAUACCACCAACGCCUUCUCCCCGCCCACAAAACCCUCAAGUUCCGUCAAGUAACCCAAGGAACCACCGACGAGCACUCAGCCCGCGACCUCCGCGCCGAACUCUUGCGCGCCGAACGCCGCCACUUUGCCAAAAAGGAAGGUCGCGAGUUGUCUCCUGAAGAAGAAGAGGAAGAGAAAGUGACUUUGGCAAUCGAAGGCGCAAAAGGUCAGAAGCGCAGUCUGGAGAAGGGAGAGCAAGGAGAAGAGCAAGAUGAGGAAGACUAUGAGGCUAAGCGAACGAGGGUUCUUGAAGAGACGCGCGAUGUCGAUGCCGAUUCGGACGAUGCCUCAGAAGAGGACGACGAUUCUUCCGACGAGGAAAGCGACGAUGACGAUGAAGCAGAGUUGAUGCGCGAGUUGGCUAAGAUCAAGGCCGAGCGUGCAGAACAGGCUGCCAGAGAGGCUGCAGAGCAAGCGGCAAAGGAGGAAGAGCAGCAGAUGCGGGACAUUGCUACUGGAAACCCGCUUCUCAACAAAGGAGCAUACGAUGUCAAGCGAAGAUGGGACGACGAUGUCGUCUUCAAAAACCAGGCCAGAGGAACCGAAGACAAGAAGGGCAAGGAGUUUGUCAACGACUUGCUGAGAUCAGACUUCCACAGACGUUUCAUGAGCAAAUAUGUCCGCUAG